AAUUUCUAUUAAAACAUUUGUGUCCUUAUCUCUCUAAAAAUGAAGCUCUCUCUGCGUGUGGUGUCAGCCAUUCUCCUCUCGUUCAUGCUCCUCUUUACUUCAGGAAUGGGUCCAGUGGAAUCAAAACCGUGUGAGGCACGGAGUAAAACGUUCCAAGGAGUGUGUCUCAACGGACAGAAAUGUGCCUCUGCUUGUACCAAAGAAGGUUCCACAGGCGGUCGUUGCAGUAGUCUCCGUUGCUCCUGCACCAGACCCUGCUAGUUAAAUUUUAUCAACUAAUGAAAACAUAAAACCAUUCAUUUUUAAAGUAGUCUCAUUCAUCAUUGUUUAGUUGUAAUUCGC